GCCCAACAAUAACGUGUGCCACAUGCAAUCCGGUCAAUGCUUCGUUCAAACCCUGUGGUAGUUUUCCGCGAUUUCCUAGUCUAUCAUAAUGCCGCCGAAGUCCAAGCAACGUGCGGUCAAGCCCGCCAACUCUAGCUCCAAGAAAGCCAUCCCACAGCCCUUCACCGCAGCUCCGGCCGAACUCGACACCCUCCUCUCCACCUUUGACCGCUCGCUUGUAUACAUAUCACACGUCGAUGUGCAUCCAGCAUGGUUCAAACGGCGUAUAUUCGCCGUCCCUGUCCUCCUGAACACGACCAUCCUCGCGCUUAUACUAUGGCGCCUGUACGCAAUCGGACCCCACUACUGGGCCAUUAUCCUCUCCGUCCUCGGAAACCAUAACGAAACCACCAUAUACUGGGCCACCACACCAUGGGCGACUUUGAUAUGGAGGGUGGGAAAACGCAUGCUCAUGUUCAUGCUGGACUUCUUGCUGUUCCGCUUCGUGGCACUCUGGCCAUACACUUUCUUUGUGGAGCAGCCAGGCAACCCAGUGAGCUGGCGGUGGAACGUGGGGUUCAGAGACGACGAAGUAUAUGUGAGAGUGAGCAGGUCUUGGGGAGCGAAAGACCUGCUUGGAGAGGCCGAGGGCGGGAGUGGCCGGGCCGGAGCGGACAAUCCCUUCUUCAAGACCAGAGUUCUACCCGCGGUUGACAAGUCGAGAUUAAGAGAAAAGACGGGGUACCUACUCAUGGAUGCAGACUUUGAUCUGGAUUUCUUUGGCAUGGUCGCUGCAACGCAACUCCUUGAUCGCAAGGACAUUACGCUUGAUCACCUCCGCAAAAGCGUCUUCGUUUACGUCGGCGACCCUGAGACAGAGAAUGGACAAUGGGCUGUCUGGGAAUGCGCAAAGCUUGACGAAGGCUCGGAAACGGAAGCGAGGGACAAGGUCAUACAGUUUAAAGAACGGCUCACGGCUAUGGGCAAGGAGAGCUUGUUCUUCCGGUGGGUCGAGCUCAUCCAGUACGAAAGUAAUGCGCCCGGCGGUUUUACGCAAGAGAGGCAGGUUGCAGCUGCGGAGAAAGUGAAGAAGAUGUUCGAGGACGAAUGUGUGGAUUUCGAGGUGUUUGAAAGGGAGAUUGGGGGUAUGUAUGACAUUGCUGGUGCUUAGCCUCGACAUGUCGUCGAGCUUGAACACAGAAGAACGCAGUACGAUUGGGCGGCAUAGACGAUAUCAAAAAGAUACCCAAGUGUUAUACAUUUCAGAUUU